CAGCCCAGUGCGCGCGCAGCCGUUUAGCGAGGAGAAGGUAGGAGAGAAGGCAACAGGAAGACGAUUAAAACCUCAAAACAAAGUCCCCCGAAAUCCACAAAACCGAACCGAGAUGUCAGAGGAAAAGCCAAAGGAGGGAGUAAAGACCGAGAACGAUCACAUCAACCUCAAGGUUGCAGGGCAGGAUGGGUCAGUCGUCCAGUUCAAAAUCAAAAGGCACACACCGCUCAGCAAACUAAUGAAGGCGUACUGUGAACGGCAGGGUCUCUCAAUAAGGCAGAUCAGGUUCAGGUUUGACGGACAGCCUAUCAACGAGACGGACACACCUGCACAGCUGGAGAUGGAAGAUGAAGACACCAUAGAUGUUUUCCAGCAGCAGACAGGCGGAUGCUGCUAAGCCCUACCCACCUCAUUGACUGCCAUCUUCAGGCCAUGUCCUCAACCACCUUCACUGUCUCCCUUUCAACGCAUUCUUUCAGAUUAUUAUUAUUAUUAUUAUUAUUAUUAUUAUACUGUUAUUUUAUUACUUUAAAGAUGUCCACAGUUUUUUUUGACAGGUGUGUGUGUGUGUGUGGGGGUGUGGGGGGGGGGGGGGGCUGUUAAUGUACUUUCUCAGUCUGAAUUGAAGUUUUUGUGUUUAGAGUUUCUGUUGGCCAGGUAGGACAAGCGUUCCCUUCUCGUCUCGCAGGCUGUCAUCGGUCCAACAGCUCGUCAGUCCUGGUUCGGUUCUGCUUCUGGCGCUGUUCAGUGAACGCUUCAGCAUACAGUAGUUUUUUUUCACGGUUGUCGUCAAUAUGGACGUAAGGGCUCUGCGUGUUUCUGUCCAGGGGUCGGAGUCUGUGGGCGUUUAGGAACGGAGAGCUCUUCCAGACUGAAGAGCAAUCUGACGUUGCCAUUUCGCUUUGCGUACUCGUCUGAAUGAAAAGUGUUUUMAAUGUCUUCGCAUUUAUAGGUGGUUUUACUUCUGUUUUGGUUCCUUUGCCUCUUAUUUUAAAAAAUAAUAUCAGUUGUGGAUUUUUUUUGUUCUUCCUGUACAGAAUGAUCCAAAUGGAUAUUGGAUUGUCGUAGAGAGGUUUGGAAUUACGAUCCAAAGACAAAACAUCAGCUUCAUAUUUAUUGUACAUCUCUGUUUGCAAGCUUCAAGCUAUCUUACUAAAAGGUGUUGAAUUACAUCUUUUUUUUUCUUCCUUUCUAUUUAAAAUGUAUUGUUUUUCAAUAUCUGGUACAAUUAUUAUUAUUUUGCUCAGGCGUAAUUCUUGUUCAGGGGACAAUAACUUUGUCAGGGCAGGAGGUUAGGGUUUGGCCAUGUAGUCUCUGUAAAUAUGUUUUGUUUGUUUGUUUGUUUUUAUGCAAAGAAGAGGGCAGUGACUUGUCCCCGGGACGCUCUUCCAAACGGCUCUGCAUGUUUUAGGAGGUAGGCUGUGGGUCGUCCGUCUCAUUUCUGUAGAGUGACUGAACGAAUCGAAGAAAAGCAGCUUCCAGUUUUGAGGGAAACCAUCCAGCUGAACCAGUUUUCAAUGCAACGUUAGCUGCUGAGAUAUCAUCUGCUGCUGUAUUUAAUUAAACUCGCUUAUCUGCAGAGUCACAGAGGAGAUAUAUCAGAUGUUGAUGACUGCUUUUUUUAGUUUUUUUUUUUUUUAGUUCAAAUUUUUUUUGUUUAUUAGAUCAGCUGGUGAAGUUUGGAAGAUUCAGGCCCCAUUCUUCGUUUGUAAGUCAUUGAGUUUGGCCUCAUUUAUUCCUGUACGCUUUUGAAGUAAUUAUUUUUUUAAAUCCCCAAUUCAGAAUAAAAUCUGCCUUUUUAGAGCAGCUUGACCCUGAACUCAAAAACCUGCAAACAUGUUAGGCUAUUUUAGGUCAGCUGUAGCAUAGCGGUUGUUGUGAGUUAGUGAAUGUGUUCAGAGCGACAAGAUAAAAUAAGACCAGUUAAAAUUAAAAAAAAAUAUUCCAUUUGUUUCGUCACUGUGGUUAGAAAGGCAUUUCCCCUGUCAGCUGUCUUCAUCUACUUAAACUGUAUUUUUAAUGCAUUCUUUCUAAUUGUUUAAUCAAAAGUCAAUACCAGUAUGGAGACUUUUUUAAUGAAUAUAUAAAUAUGCCUGCAAGGAGUUCUUUAAAACACUCAUUUUACUGCUCGUUAUCUGACUCCUUAACUUUGAUCCUUCCUCAGUUCAGAAGCAUUCGUUAAAGUCGUGUGGCACAGAGACGCGUUUGCCUCGGCACAAACUAGUUAAAAGACGUGAUUGUGAUUUCAGCUUUCAUCACACAUAAAAAGUAACAAGAGCACAUUUUAUCAGCGCCUACAAGUCAGCCUUCUAGAUUUUCACAUCGCUGUCUGGACCGAGGGUUUUCAGGGUUCAGCUGAUCGACACUGUUUGGGAUGAAGAGUGGGGUCCAGGUUUUGUCAUGUUAUGUUUUUUUGUUUCUCUACUGAUUUGUACAUUAUUUGUGGUCUUUUACUACUGUAUACAAUAAAAAUAGUUUGGUACUCAGA